AGUUGUCAAAUCAGUAAAAACAUAAACAAUUCGGUUAGACUUCGCUUGGUUCGUAGGCUGUCGAAAUUUCAUUUAUUUGUCAGCAAUGGAGUGUCCGGAUGAAAAUACUACUGAAUCCGAAGUAUCCUUCAGUGGAUCCAAUGAUCUGAAAAGAAAAGACGAGGGUGAAAUGACCAAAGAAAAUACCCUCUACCUAAUAAGCCUGGUUAAAAGCUAUGGAUGCUUAUGGAACGAAAAGGAUCCGGAUUUCGAAAAUGAGCCUACUAAAACUGAAGCUUGGCAAAGGAUUUCCGAGGCGAUGGGACGCUCAGAAGGGGAGCUGAAAACUAAAUGGGAAACCAUGCAUAGCUGCUUCGUUACGUGUCACGCCAAAAAUUUGAGCAAUAUCAUAAAAAACAAAUGGUUCGCCUAUAAUGCGUUGCGGUUUUUGGAGAGCAAAAUACCGCACGACGAACCCAGAGACGAACCUGAACAAAAAGUCGAAGAGAAUAAUAGUGACACCAAUGAUGUGACAGUACGAGGAGGUAUGUCUGAGGAACGUUCAUUGUGCUUAAUUAAUCAGAUUAAAAGCUAUAAGUGUUUGUGGGACAAAAAUUGUCCAGAAUAUAGAAACUAUGCUAAUAAAAUAGUAGCUUGGAAUGAGAUAUCCCAAACGAUGGGUAUUCCCACGCAUAAAAUAAAAAUGCAAUGGAAUAAUUUGCGAACUAUGAACAGACAUUAUGUAGGAAGGAUGGAGAAAAAAUGGAAGAAUGGUUCUAGUUCGCGUAAACCUAACUGGUUUGCCUUUGACGCUAUGCGUUUCAUUAAUGUAACCCGCGAAUUCUUACCAAAAUGGGAGAAGGGUUUAAACGAAUGGCCGUAUUCGCAUUCUGACGAAACGGAGGACGAAGAUGCACCACAGCCAGAGUUAGUGAACGUCGGCAACACUGGCAAUGAUUCAGUUCCCAUAAAGAGUCCAGAGAAGCCUCCGAUGGAAAAGCUAACGAAAGUCACGCCACAAAUUCAUACGACGCCUCAGAACCAGCCACACAUUCCGAACGGUAUCGCACAAAAUCCCCAAACACGGACGCUUCGCCCUGUACGAGUUAAACGUUUGGUUCCAUCAGGUUCGGCGCAAGAUCCAUUACGAAUCGUACGUCAGGUUCCGGCACAACUGGGACAACCAGUUACCGCUGCCACAAAUCAAACGUCUGUAAAGUCUUUUGUGAACUUGUUAGAGCACGAACUGAAUGCACUAUCUGCCGAUUAUGCUACAAUGGCUCAGGUGGAAAUUUAUCGGAUUGUAGGAGAGUUCAAGCUGAAGGAUGUUACCAGACGCAACGCAGCAUCUGCACAGCUUGCAAAGACACGGCCGGUGCGACAAGUUCAACAGGUACAGCAACGAACGAAUAAAAUACAGAUGGUGAAAAUAACCUCGGGGCAGCAAUCGACAAUUCGGCCCAAGAAAAUAAUUCCGUUAAACCAGCAUGUGCCGGUUGUGCCAAAAACAGAGCGUACAAAUCUACAAGGAAACGAUGAUAAACUGGAGGUUUUAAUGGAAUGUGAAGAAGCCUGAAUGUAAGGCCACCUUCUUAACGUGCCGUCUCAACAAAAACUAUCAAAAUGUAUGUUGUAGCAUCCAAAGUUGAUGUUUAUUUCGCAUUCUGUAGGACGACGAAAAGCCGAAAAGCCGAUGAACCAUGGACCGAGCACAGGCGAACCUGAAAAUUUUUUGAUAAAAAUGCUUGAAAUAAAAAGGCCACGAAAAUCUUACUAAAUAUAAUAAUGCUAAGUAAAAAAAAAGCAUGUGUACAAAAGAAGAAUGAAACUUCGAGAAUGUGGUUGUAACUAAACUUGGAAAGU